GUAGAAACAGGCGGGGUUUAUGACUUUAUGGCUGUGGUAACUAAUGAGGAGCGUUCUGCGGGGGGACUCAAUACAAAUCAAUGAACUCAAGACACGGGGUUGGAUACUCGAAGUUCGGACUAAUUCGCGCAUACGUUGACAUCGCUGUAUUUUAUGGUAGUAUAUGAUACUAUAUGUCAAAUACAGUAUACUAUAUAGGCCUACAGUAGCCUAUAGUAGGCCUAGUAGUCUUUGCUUUAGUAUAGUAAACAGACGAUUUUUUACAAACACAUCUAUGUAGCUAGUCAAAUUUACAACUUCACCUAAACAGCCAUUGGAUACAAGUAGUUCGACAUAAAUUAGUUAACAAUCUAUCUUGGGUCUUUGGAAACCGAUUAUGAUUUUUGCGAAUUCUUGCAACCCAUUGAGGACUCCGUAUCGUAAGCAGCCACCUGUUGCCCUCUCCUCACACCCCAUGGCUCCGCCCAGCCCCAGCACCAACAACAGCACCAACAACAGCAGUAGCUCCAGCACUGCAGGCUGGGAGCAGCUCAGUAAAACCAACCUGUACAUCCGAGGCCUUCCCCCAGCCACCACCGACCAUGAUCUGGUCAAGCUCUGCCAGCCGUAUGGCAAAAUUGUAUCAACAAAGGCGAUCCUGGAUAAGACGACAAACAAAUGUAAAGGUUAUGGCUUUGUGGACUUCGACAGCCCUGCUGCAGCUCAGAAAGCCGUCACUGCCCUGAAGACCAGUGGGGUCCAAGCCCAGAUGGCUAAGGUGAGGCAACAAGAACAAGACCCCACCAACCUGUAUAUCUCCAACCUGCCGCUGUCGAUGGACGAGCAGGAGCUGGAGAACAUGCUGAAACCCUUUGGCCAGGUCAUCUCUACCCGGAUACUGAGGGACUCCAAUGGAGCCAGUAGAGGAGUGGGCUUUGCAAGGAUGGAGUCGACAGAUAAAUGUGAUGCAGUUAUCUCUCACUUCAACGGGAAGUUUAUUAAGACACCACCUGGAGUUCCUGCGCCACUGGAGCCCUUGCUGUGUAAGUUUGCUGACGGCGGGCAGAAAAAGAGGCAAAGCCAGAAUAAAUUUCUGCAAAACAGCCGUCCGUGGCCUAGAGACUGCGAUGCUAGAUUGGCUGGAAUGACCCUCACAUAUGACCCCACCACAGCUGCUAUGCAAAAUGGAUUUUAUGUGUCGCCAUACAGCAUCGGAAACAGGAUGAUCGCUCAAACGUCCAUGUCUCCAUAUAUCUCACCUGUCUCCACGUACCAGGUACAGAAUCCCUCCUGGGUUACUCACCAGCCCUACAUCAUGCAGCAUCCAGGAGCGGUGAUAUCGCCCUCUAUGGACCAUACUAUGUCACUACAGCCUACAUCCAUGAUGAGCCCUCUCACUCACCAGAUGAGUCACCUCUCCAUGGGUAGCACAGGAACGUAUAUGGCUGCAAACUCUAUGCAAGGAGCCUAUAUUCCCCAGUAUGCACACAUGCAGACGGCAAAUGUUCCAGUGGAGGAUAACAGUCAGCAACAACAGGUGGAGUCAUCCGGUGAUCAUUCCCCUUACACCUACCAACAAACCAAGUAAUACGGAGGUGUGGUAGGAGCCCAGAAGAAAGAGUUGUAUGACAGCUGAAAUAAUCAUGGCUUCCUCUGAUGAUGGAUCGUGCUUUAAGGAUUUAUCACCAUUUUGCACAGGUUCUGCAAUUAUUUCCUUUUGUUUGUGAUAAGAAAAACAAGUGAGACUAUUUUGUUAUAAGUUCCAUGAGGUGCAAAUAAGUGAUUCAUUUAAUCAAAGGAUACUAUAAUUCUAAAAAAAAGAAAAGAAAAAAAAGUUUUAUUUUAAUAAAGAAAGAAAGUUUAUUUUUUACCACGGAUUGUCACAUGGAUGCAAAAACCUAUAGCGGAUCAUGUGACUUGUUGUUUAAGGUGCAUGAUAGUAAAUAUGUCUUUUGUUAAUAUUGUUUAUGAUUUACAUUUUGUUUUUCUCUUAUUUUGUACUGAAAUAGAUUUUUCUGAAGAUUUAUUAGCCAGACAUCUUAAAUGAUGUUUGGUGCUUGCUGUGUGAGUGUUGCUAUGGUGAAGUGUUAAAUGUUUCUUCUUGUAAAGUGAUUUAUCUUAGUGGUCUAGACUGAUCUUUUGCCUUAAAGAUUUCCGUACAGUAGCUGUAUAGGAAACUUCCAAGGCUAGAAAUGAGCAAGAAAUGUUGAGAGUUAUUGCCUUGUAAAUCAGCUAAAUAGGGCUUUUCCUUUGGAUAUAGCUAAUAAAAUCUGCUGUGUUUACAGAUGUAGGAUCUUAAUUUGAUCACCCUGUUGCCAGAGAACUUUCCUGCAAUGUAGGACAUUUUAAACU